AGCCUGCCUGGUAAUCGCUGAUUCGUGCCGCAAGCACGUGUCGCGAUUGCUUUGCAUUCAAGCACUUUACAAUAUUUCCCCUUUACUUCUCAUUUUCCCUCUUUUUGAAGUAAAAUUUUCAACAUUCUUUCCCCCACAACCUGUACACUAUCUAUGUGAAGAAUUUAUCCUCCAUGUUGAAAACUACAUCAAAUUCGAUUUUGACUCCAUUGUCUUUCGUACAAAAAUGCACAUGAAAACGCACAACUCGCAAAAACUUAACCACGACAAUGAAUGCGCUGACGAGGCGGUCAGCACAAAUUUUGCGGGUAUUUUUGGAUUGGCCUGGCCAUAAACUGCAGCUGCCCUGCGCAAGAACUUCCAGCAGUGGGUCAUUCUAAAAACGGCUUUUCGUCGUCCGAGGAUGACUUUGCGAGGAGACACGACAUCCCUCGGGGAAAGCACGGCGGGUGGCGUCGGCGAGAGCACGAGCAUGAAGAUGAUGGGCUGCGCAAGAAGAUGGCAACAAGAGCAGCACGACAGGAACACUAGCAAGCCCCAAAAUUGUAUUUCCACAUCAAGACCCAUGUUUGCGCAUUUCGCGACAGGGUCCUUUUCGGCACCGACGAAGACACUUUUCAACAUGUGGAACAAACUGCUACUCCUGCUGUCCCUGCUCUACUUCUUAGCAUCAACCCCGACAUCAACCUAUGCCGUCACUUCCACGUACCCGGCUAGCUUCUCGGCCCCGGUCGCGAACGCGACCUCGGUGGACCUGAUGGCCCGCCUCGAGCCGAGUUACAUUCCCGGGCAGCCGGGACGGGAAAAGGAUUUGUACUACUCCAUGCGGAACGUGGCCCCGCCAAACUGCCAGGUCCGGUUCCAGAUGAAGCUCUACAAGGUGUCCAACGUGAUGACGGAGAACGCGCAGAUUGACAUCAGCGCGUGGCUGCGGAUGUGGUGGAGCGACCCGCGGUUGGCCUGGAACCCCGCCGACUACGGCGGCACCAACUACAUGAACGUGCCCGCCACGGAGCUGCCCCGCGACUACGGUUUGAUCUGGACCCCCGAAGUGGAGCUGCAGAACAACCUGGAGUCUAUCGGCGAGUCCUUCCCGGCCAACAAGGGGGCGGUGAUCCAGCCGAGCGGGGAGACGUUUUGGUCGCGGUCCGGGAACCUGCGCGCGCUCUGCACGUUCGAGGGCAUCGAGCUGUUCCCCUUCGACAAGCCCAAGUGCCACCUGAUUUUCUCCGCCUGGAGCAUGGACGCCGCGCAGAUGGACCUGGUCUUCCACGAGGACGGGGCCCUGGACUGGGACCAGACGGACGACCGGACCAAAAUGGCGUACCAGGGCUACCAGGACCUGAGCAUCGAGUCCGUCACGUUCCGCCGGGUGGUCGUCGAGUACACCGCGGCGGGAACUGUACAGCAGUUCCCGGAACUGCACUACUCCCUCACACUGAAACGCGCCUCGCAGUUCUACCUGCUGCGGUACGUGAUGCCGCAGUUCUUCUUCGCGUUCGCCGUCUUUCUGGUGUUUCUGUUCGAGCCCGACUUCAACCGGCUCAACAUCUGCAUCCUCUUCCUCUUGGUCCUCAUGAGCUUCGACCAGAUCACCAGCAACUUCGUGCCGAAAUCCGAAGCGCCCAUCCUGAUCAGUUACCUCACCAUGUACACGGUCAUGGUCACGGUAUAAACAGCUACGAUGACUUUUUUUUUAAGGAGUAGAAGACGGAGGAGGUCAAUCAUAAAGCACUGGCUGCAAGAGCAAGGUGACUCGCCACGUAUAUUAUCGCCGGCGACGCGUUUUUUCGCUACUUGCACGCAACGAUGAAAAUGCAGCAAAAUUGAUUUCCUAAAUCCUAUAACCCCCUCCCAUGAGCAGGAUAGUGAUAGCUCCUCCGAUGAUAUUGAUACAAAAUUUCCAAAUACCACCUAACUCCGCAGAUCUUCGCUUUUGCGGAAUCCGCGGUCGUCCAGUGGCUGUGGACGCGGGACUCCUUCGAGGGCUUUAUGUCCCUCGAGGCGUUGGUGAACCUCCUCCGCGCGCCGAUUGACGAAACACGGGACUUUUUCGCCGGGCGGCGUCAGCCGACCAGCUACAACGAACUGCGAAACCACGUGCACAUCCAGCAGAAUCUGGACGUUCUGCCGGAGCAAUUGAUCGAGAAGCGGGCGUCCGCCAUAGCCAGUUACGCCGCCGCCAUGCGGGAAAUCGACCCCGAGAUGGCGGAUCGGAUCGUGGAGCAAAAGAUAGAAGCCUUGGCCGAACAGGAGGUGAAAAACGCACAGGAAGCAGAGGCGGAGAAAGCCGCGGCCGCGGGCAAAACGCUUCUUACAAAAGAAGGCGACGUGGCAAAGGCAAGUGCCCCUCCACCCGCACCGGCAAACCCGAAUAUGUCACUGGAGGCCAUGAAGGCGAACCUGUUCGAUUCCCUGAAAAACCCGCCACCAGCCGGGGGCAAUAAAGAGACGACCACAAUAGAGAUGAACACUGCGGAUAGUACAGCUGUACCAGUCGACACAGAAGCUGUCGCGGGCGUCGAGGGUGCUGCAGGCGGAGCAGAAAAUACAACAGCAGGAAUAGUAGAUCCGGCCGGGUUAAUUUUGACGCAAGAGGGCAGUCACAACACCCAGCAGCAGGCUGUCACCCCCUCCACCACCUCCGCCGCCGCGUCGAUUUCGGCCGGGGGGAAGCGGCUCGGCAUGAGCAUGGGGGGCGACAACGACAACGAUAUCGGCGGGUCGCCCGGCGCGCUUCGCAAAUCCAAGCUGGUCGUUGCCCAGGAGGGGAGCCACCAAACGGGCUGCAAUUUGACCGACGAAGACGAGGAGGCAGCGUCGUCGUAUCUCGAAACAGAACCCCUGCCGGCGCUCUACGAGGGGGAACACGCCAUGAAAACCGCCACGAGUCACAGCGGGACCAGCGGCGGCGCCGGGGGAUCCAAUCUGGCCAUGCUGCAGGCCACGGUGAGCAAGGUGCAGGCAGAGAACCGGAACCAGGCCCUUUCCGCGAGGCUGAAGCGAACGCUCACCAUGGGAGGAGGAAGCAAUACUGGGGAGAACAACUUGGCCACUCCGGAUUUGGUCAGCGGCAACUUGAGGCAGGAUGAAGACAUCGGUCAAUACUACAGGAGAUGCGCAAGGUAUUAGAAUCCAACGGAUCCUCCUGUGAAGGCCGUCGCCUGAGGAGAUCUCCCGGUCGUAACGUGGGGAGAAGCAGGCCGCAUGCUUAUCAGGGCAAGCGGUUAGUAGAUCUGGUAGGUUGAAAGAGUGGCCCCAGUGAAUGAGGGCCGCCGCCUCUCAUGAUGUCACCUAGUAGACCAUAUAUACGCGCUGGCCUUGUUGUUCUGCGGAGAGCUAGCAGCAAGCAGCUCCCUGGCCCAUGCGCUUGCGCUGCUGCGCAGGUCCGCAACAAAAAGGCACGCCGCCGCUGUGCUGUUUGUUGCCUGCCGCUCGGGUGCCGCAGCUGCACCUCGCGCGUCCGCGGGACGCGACCGGGCAGCAAGCCGAGUGGCACCGCCGACGAGCGCAGCUGCGCUACCGUAAGGGGAGCGCAGCCACCCAGAUGGCUGGCCACCCCACCCUCCCGGAUGCCGCCCCUUAUCCGAGCUCGGCCAAGCCCAUACCGAGAAUUAUAGCGCCGACCGUUGAUAGUGCGCGGCCACCCGGUUGGUCGGUACUAUGAUGAGCGCGCCACGACAGGCGAGCCCUGUGGCACCACUGAAACGGCCACACAGCAACACACUGGCGGCGCACAACCGCCCACGAGUUGAGCGCCCCCAGACAUGCAAAUGCUUGCUGUGGCUACGCAGUGCAAUUCCAAAUCGGACGAAAAUCAACGGCAGUCGUGGGGAGGUGUUGGUGUUCGCGAGGCACUACGUCCGACGCGCCUCCGAGCCGUGAGGGCACUCCUAGGGAUAGGAGAGAGGGACCGAAAGAGCACCUACUCCGGGUGCGAGAGAUCCUGCCGUGACAGAUCCUACGAUGCACUGAGAUCCAAUGGGCCCCUUGUACGUGCGAUGUUUGUGCACAGUGGUCGGCAUCACCUGUGGCUUCGAUAAUAAUAAUAGAAUCCAACGGACUUUCUUUUUACUCAUCUAUUUCACCUAUGAAGGACAUUAAUUUAUUUGCAAAUCAGAUCUAAAUUUUUUUGGCGGCAAGUCCGCAGUUGAGACGCAUUCAGUCGCUUGCUCAACUUCCAUCUUGGCAGCACCAAGAGAAAAGCGAUUUUUAGAUGUUUUGCGGAUCAUAGAGGACAGCUGCCACAAAUUUGUUUUUCCGCAGAACACCGAAGCGGGAAACUGUAGGCGGAGACUUGAUGAAGUAAAUGGAUGACAUACAAUUUUAUUCUUUCACAAACCAGGUAUCGCCCCCUGUUUGACGAGUUGGAUCACGAUUUGACGGCGUCGCUGGGGAAGUUUGAGGUCGGUAUUUUCGCGCACGUGGUGGAGGCGCAUUUUCCCCUCUGGACCUCGGAGCAGGUUCUGGAGCAUUUCUACCCGAAAAGGAAAGCUGCGGGUUUGACCAACGUGGUGGCGCACACCGGCACGAUGACGAAGCACAUCAACCCGCUGAGCGGGCCCCGAAGAGACCUCUCCAUCAGUUUCCACAGUUUCUGCGUCUUCUGCGACCGGAAGCUGGGCAUGCGGAAUUUGAGUGGGGACAGCGUGCACGGCUACGUGAUGGACAUGGUCCCACAGAUCCAGAAGGAGCUGCAGUUCACCCACAAGACGCUGCGCAACGUCGCGAAACGGAUCGACAACUUCUGCCUUGUCGUCACGCCGAUCCUGUACGCGGUGCGGGUCUACCAACUCUUUGAAGAAUUCUUCGACCUCUACGGCGAGAAAAAUUCCGGGGUCGAAAUGCUCAAUUCGCGAUAAAGGCGUCAUGGUGGUGAAGAAAAACGGGUCAGAGCAACAGUCUUUUCUUCUUGUAGAAAUUAGAAUGCGCGACGAUUUGUACGAAAUUAAAAUUUAGUUUCUUUGCAGAGGAGUCGUUUUCUUUUUAGCAAUUUCACCAACAUCUUCAGAAGCACAAUGAAAAGCGCUAAGUACCUAGUAUUUACUUUGUGGGAGCAUGAUGUAUUCAGAGAAAAAUGCGUUCUCUACAUAAAUUCACUAUACUGCCCUUGCAGUAGCUGUAGUUACGCUUGAACUUUAUGCAUGCAGUUACAUGAGGAGAGGCGGCCGUAGCAGCAUGCUGGUACGACGAUUCCAAGUUGUACUCUUAAAGAAAUAUACUUUAGUCAUAAACAGAUCAUUCUAGUUUUUUUGGCGACGUAGCACUCUAAAAGUAGGAGCAUCAGGAGGCGCAUGUCGGUGAUACCAGAUUUCUUUGCAAUAAGGAGGGAGAACAAUUUGCACAAGAAUCUUGAUAGUAUGAGUACAGUCUAGUUUGAAUUGACCUGUCGCAUAUAUGAGUUCAACUUUUCUGUAAGACUCUUUUCGCACAACAGCUUUAUUCACAGAAGCGAUUCGUCUCUCAGAAAAUAAAUAUCACGGCAGCUACUACUUUGAAUAGUGCAUCACACAGGAACAACACACAUGCUGCGCAAUCACAAAUCUGGAAUUUUCUGUAUCGUUAAGCGAAAGGCUUUGAAUGGAGCAGAGCGAAGGCCUCAAAUACAGGCGGGAUGUUGUAUGACGGUAAAAGUUCCAAUAAGCCUCCGCUUUGCUGACUACUAGGAAAGAGAAAACCACAGGAGAAGUUACGCAUUUUUCUGUCCCCAUGGGUGAAUGUUGUGAGUUGAAAAAGCAAACCAAGUAGUCUUUAUCUCCCCUUUUAGCCCCUUUAGGUAUAAUCUCUCCCAACUUCCUUUUUUUUCCCCAUUUUUUUCUUUGUGAGCUGCAUUUUCCCAAAAAGAAAGCGUUGCUGUGCCCCGUGCACAGGAACGGUUGUAAAUAGCGGCGACAGAAGUCAAGGCAUUUGCACCAACAUCUCCUCGCCUGAGCGUUUUUCAGAAUGAGGAAGAGAAAACAUUCAAAUUGAAAUUUUUCAAAGCAGUAAAGGAUCUUUUCAAACACGUACUCUCAUCUCAUUGUUGUUGUAUUCUUAU